CCGGCUUCUGUAAUGGCGCUCGGCAUGACAGCCGGGUGCCCAGUGCGCAUGAGCGAGAAGCACUUGCGCUUGGUGAUUGGUCCGGCGGCUUCUGGGAUCUGUCAUGUGUCCCAGGUGCCGCCUUACCAUUCACAAAAAGCACCGCUUCCUGCGCAUGCGCACUUGGCACCCGGCUGUCAUGCCCACACUACAGAAGCCGGGAAGACCGCGCCGCUGGAUAGAGGAACGGGUAAGAUGAAAGAACAACUCCACGGAAGUGGGAGCGGGUACCUGUCAAAUUCAGGUACCCGCUCCCCCUCCCUCCCCAAAGGUCAGCAGUCAUCUCUAUAAGGUCCCGCUGUAGAGCUGAGCGGCCGGCCCGGUAUUCUGACACGGCGGCAGUGGAAAUACCGGACCGGCCGCUCCAUA